CGAAGACUCGACGCUGAGCACAGCAAACAAAAUCUGUUGUGUGAAUUAUCAAUUCGAGACUCUUCCAGCAGAAACCCCAUCUCUGUUUGAAUCAGACGUGUGACAAGCGACAAUGGCAGAAACAACUGCAGAGGGAAGUGGUUCGACGAUCACGUUGAGUGGUCCGACAACACAAGCAAGCCCAGCACCUGAAGAGCCCCAGUUCUUUAACUAUCCCGAACCACAAUACGUAGAAGUUCCGUACAAGACACCACCUGCAAACAAAAACCCCAUCUUCCGCGGUCUGCCGCUGGUUAUUGGAUCGAAAAUCGUAGCCAAUGUGCCUUUCAUCGCGAAAUUCCUACGGGCGAACGCGGGCUUCAAUACGCUCGGCGGACUGAAAGAGUUGGACGACGUAGAAGCCAGAUACGAACCUGUCGUGAUACCGGUCAAGAAGGCCGAGGACUUUGUCGCGCAGAAUUACACAGCGGAAGAUGCGUUGAGAACGCCGCCUGAAGGUCUACCCACCGAGAAAGCUCCUGAAGGGCGUUUCUGGAGCGUCAAGGACUACCACGAAGCGUACAAAAACGGCAAGAUAACGCCGACGGACGUGAUCAAUACGCUGCUCCCACUUAUACGGAGAGAUGUGAAGGACAAGACGGCUCAUUCUACAGCGUUCCUGGAGGUGCAGGUUAAGCUCGUGCUCGCCGCGGCAUUAGCCUCAACGGAGCGGUGGAAAGCGGGUAGGCCCCUAGGUGUGCUCGAUGGCAUACCCAUCGCCGUAAAGGAUGAGGUGGACGUAGAAGGCUACACUCGUACAUACGCCACUUCAAAGGUAUACAAAGAGCCAGACAUGGCGCAAUCGUCAUGGUGCGUCAGGCAAUGGCAGGAUGCUGGAGCAAUCAUUAUUGGAAAGACAAACAUGCAUGAAAUUGGCAUGGACACAACGAACAACAACCCAGUUACGGGUACGCCAUUGAAUCCAUAUAGCACGCAUUACUAUACUGGAGGUUCCUCUGGCGGAAGCGGAUACGUCGUCGGCGCUGGACUGGUGCCCUUUGCUCUUGGUUGUGAUGGCGGUGGCUCAAUUAGAAUCCCUUCUUCGUUUUGCGGUAUCUACGGUCUAAAAACGAGUCACGCACGAGUGUCGGAGCGACCGACGCCGAACUUAGCCAACACAAAUACAGUCGUCGGCCCUAUGGCUGCAGACAUGAGCUCACUCGAAGUGGCCUAUCGUGUAAUGGCCGCGCCGGACCCUAAGAACAGGCAUUCGGCUCUAUAUCCACCGCCGCGGAAGCUCAGCGCCCCCUCGCCCAAGUUGCUCGGCGUAUACAAGAACUGGUUCGAACGCGCGGAUGACAACGUCAAAGCUUUGUGCCAGCAGGCAAUCGACUACUUCGUCGAUAAGCUGGGAUACGAGCGCCUGGAUAUUCACAUCCCGCUCAUUCAUCAUGGGCAGACAGCGCACGCAAUGAGCAUCAUGUCUGAGGCAGUUAAUGCGACGCCUGACACCUCGUUCUUAACACCGGCAAACCGAGUGCUUCUCGCCCUUGCGGCACAGCAUCCAGCUUCAGACUAUAUCCAAGCGAACAGGUUGCGCAAUCUGCUUAUGUCGCACCUUGCCGCGUUGUUCAAACAACAUCCUGGUCUACUGAUCGUCACGCCAUCGGUGCCGACAGCAGGUUGGGAGAUUAAGGCCGGUGCCGCGGACCUAAAGCACGGCGUCAGCGAUGGAGACAUGAGUAUACGCUCAAUGGAGUAUGUCUGGCUGGCGAACUUCAGCGGCUGUCCUUGCCUGCAGGUGCCUGUCGGAUACGCUCAGCCAAAGAAAGGGUAUGGCACCGAUGUUGUUCCUGUAGGAAUGAUGGCUAUGAGCGAAUGGGGCAGCGAAGAUAGGCUGAUCGAAUGGGGCUUUGAGGCAGAAAGUUAUUUGCACAGCAAGAAGGAAGGAGGAAGACGCAGGCCACCUGUAUGGGUGGAUGUACUGGGUAGGGCUGAGUCAAUCAGAGGAUCUGGAACUGGACAUCUGGACAGUUCGAAUCCUGCGGAAAAUGGCAAGACGGACGCAUAAGGAACCGGAGAUUUCUGUAUUACCGUUUGGAUGAUGCGAAGUGUGCUGCGUCGCAGUGGCAGGCGCGGGUUGCUCCGGCCACUGUGUUUUCGCAGACGAAUUUUAGGAGUACGGAGAACGCGCGUAGGAUACACGCCAUGCAGACAGGUAUCGUACCCCGUUCUUUGCUCGUCCUUCAGAUCUAUACCGUUUGCGUGUAUCUGAGGAUCCUCAAACAGUAGCCUGUACCCGUGAUCCUGGAGGCCAUGUAAUUCUCGGUCUGUUAUUCAUGUGACAAGUCCGCGCUUAGGGCACGAGACAAUGCUCACUGUGCUUUCUUCCC